AAGGGUGUCAGUGAUGUGAGCGUGUAGUUAUAUGAAAUAUCUAAUAUGUAGUUUUAUUGCUUGACCACUCUUUAUUUUAGAGACAUCAGCUUAAUAUUUACUUCAAAAUGAUGCAGGCAGAAGAUCCUCCUUUUCUCAGUGUUGGUACUGAAGUCUCAGCCAAAUACAAAGGAGCUUUUUGUGAAGCCAAGGUUCACAAAGUUGAGAAAUGUGUUAAAAUAAAGGUUACAUACAAAGGUGGCCUGGGGAGCCAUGUGGUGUCAGACGAGCAAGUUAAAGGACUGCUCAAAGUAGGGAGCUCUGUGAAGGCAAUGCAUCCUGAUCGAGCCAACCAUCAAGAUGCUACCAUUGCCAAGAUACAGGAUUGCAGUCAGUACACUGUUGUGUUUGAUGACGGGGACAUCACAACUUUGCGGCGCACUUCCCUCUGCCUGAAGAGCGGCCGGCACUUUGCUGAGAGUGAGAGUCUGGACCAACUGCCCCUGACGCACCCUGAACACUUUGGCAGCCCCGUGGUGGGCGGUGGAGGCCUGGGCAGGAGAGGUGUCGCUCGACGCCACAAAUCUGGUGGUGGUCGCCACAACACAAGUGGCGGGUCAGGUUCAGACAGUAGCGCGUCGUCUGGAGAAGAAGAAGACGUCCACAAGACGCACUGUGCGCGUAGGGAGGAGUGGGAACAGGAUAUCAGCAAGGUCGUGUGUGUCGAGGCUUGUGACAACAAGAAGAAGCAGCGCGACAAUUGGUUCCCUGGGCUGGUGGUCGCCCCCACUGCCCAGGACACGGUUAGGAUCGACACCCGCAAAGACUUCCUCGUCAGGAGCUUCCAAGAUGGCAGAUACUACACGGUGCCUAAGAAGGAGGCGACGACGUUCACCAAAGAGAUAGGAGCUAAAGUCACUCUAGGGAGCCUGAAGGCUGCCGUGGACAAGGCCAUGGAGUACCUGAACACGGACGUGUUGCCCCCACACUGGGACCGCGACGUGCUCUUUGGCAUGGACAUCUCUGAACAAGAUACUGACGGCACCGAGUCCGAUGAAUCUGACGACGAGCCUCGCGAGGAGAAAGAUCAUUUCGUGGCUCAGCUUUACAAGUUCAUGGAGGAUUGUGGGACGCCUAUCAACAAGGGCCCUACUAUCGCCAACAGAGACCUCGAUCUUUACAGACUGUUUAAGAUUGUGCAGAAGCUGGGUGGCUUUAACCGAGUUUUAAAUCAGAAUCAACUGAAGGUGGUUGCUCACAAAAUGAACCUCAGCUCAUUGGGGUCACAAGGUCCUAAUCUCAUCAAAUCCGCGUACAAGAGGUACCUGCACAGCUUUGAGGACUUCUACCGCAAGUUGGGCUGUACGAUGGUGAGCAGCCCUCGCCGCAUGGCGCCCUCGCGCCCACGCUCGGGGGGCCGCUCCCUCAUACGCGACUGCGACAGGGUCGACAAAAGCCCUCACUCUGUCCACGGACUUGGAGCGAACAGCCCCGCCAGAUCAGGGUCGGCAAGCGCGUCCCCGACGCGGUCAGCUGCAGGCGCCGCGUCAGGGGAGGUUCAGCCCUCACAGCCUUCGCAGCCUCAGCCCUCCAGCAUCGCUGGCACCAUCAUACGCGGCGGCAACGGCACCCCUAGAAGCGGUGUCAAAGGGCGCCCCCCCAGUCGGCGGGGGGCGCUUCGGGACACCAGCAAGAAAAGUGGAGGUGGUGGUGGUGAUGACGACGACGAUGGCGACGAUGAGGAGGAAGAAGAUGAUGAGCCUGAGACAGUCUCAACCACUCCCAAGGAUAUCAGAACGUACAGCCGCAUUACUCGGCAAGAAGCUGGCCGAGCUCCAGACGUUGCCGCCAACACUGCAGCCGGGACGCCGCCGUCUUCUGUAGCCUCCACUGCUGGCCUAACAGCUGCUGCUGCAUCCAAACAGCGCGGCCAAAAAGAUGCUCUAUUCUAUUCUCCUGCUCGAUCGAGCGUAGCCAAGUUGGGCAGAGGUACACCUGGCAGAUCUGAAACACCCACGGAUAGCCGUGCAGUGGCUGCUGUUGGCACGAGUGUCACGACAAAGCCUGACGCUGCCAAGGACCUCCAAGACGCGGCGUCCAGCGAAAUGCGCACGCGGUCCAGUGCACGAGGCGAGUCUGACACCGGCAAGGAGGGUAGGGCUAAAGGAGACGAGCCUGACUCCGAGGAUGACGAAGAGUGCAACGAGACUGAACUUGACAGCAAGACGAGGCGUUCUAGAGCCUCCCGCCAACGAGAGGGUAGUCGGGAACUGUCCGCUCCGCCGUCCUCUCCUUCGGUCGGCAACUUGCGCAAGUCUGUGGUGGUUUCCUCUUCAAAUUCUCGCAAGAAACUGACUGCUUCAUCACUAGGCACCUCCCUGGAUCUUGACAACGACUCUGACAGCCAAGACAACGAGUCAUGUCACAGUUCAGCGAGCGGAGGAGGCAGUUUUGGUGAGAACGGGUCAGGAAAAAGGCGCGGUGGGGGCGCGUGCCGCGGCUCCGGUAGGACAAGAGGCGGGGCGAGCAGCACUAAAGGCUCGAACGGCUCCGCGCGGUCUGCUGACGAGAGCGACAAGGCAAAGAAGGGGCGCAAGAAGAGGCUUGAAGCCAACAUUCUCAUGGACGCCGAAGUUCAAGGGGAAAGUAAGACUGGAAUCCCGAGCAGCGUUCCCGUGAACGUUGGAGACAAGUUGCUGGUUCUCUACGGACCUAACUCGAAGCAGUCCAAAGUGACUUACGUUGCAAAGGUGGUGGAGAUCAGCACGGAGGACAUGCUAAGCAGCAACGGCGACAGCUGCGGCAGCCUUGGCGCAGUGGGCAGCGCGACUAAGGACGCGUUACUGGACACUAGCAGCGUGGACAACCUCAUGUACUUCGUGCACUACCAGGGCUGGAACUCCCGCUAUGAUGAGUGGAUCAGACGUAACCGCAUCGCCAAGAACACCAGCUAUUGUCCCGUCAGUAACGCCACUCCCAAUAACGUCGCUAAUAAACUAAAGAAUGUUCUUCCCAACUCUUCACCUAGCAAUGCUAAAAAAGAAUUGGUGAACUCCUGUGCGCCAGUGGCACAACCGCCCAGCAACAUGAAGCCCUCGUGCCCUGCCAAGACAUCAGCUCCUCCUGCCAACACCAAAGGCAGGACGAACAAGAGCGGCGCGAGUGAGAGUCGCUCGAGCGCGGCAGACGACGACACCGAUGGCUCGGGUAAGGGGGGCGUUGGCACCCGCUCCAAGGCUGGAGGCGACCGUCAGGUGUCACUGCCCCCCGACGACAAGGGGGGAGGGGUCAGGGAGGAAGGCAGACGACGCAGUGCUCGCAGAAGUUUGCUUCCUGCUAACCACAAUGCCGAUGAUGGCAAUUCUGAUUCUGAAAACUCCGAUUCGGAGGAUGGCACACUCACGUCCCGGAGCAUUUCUUGCUCCAGCGCUUCUGUUGAAUCUAACGGCAGCAACAGUCGUGUUACUCCCGCGUCAAACAAUUCUCUUCUAAAAUCUGACUUUGAGGCCAAAGUCGAACCCAAAGCCGAACAAAAAAUCGAGAAAGAAAAAAUUGUUUGCGAUGGAGAUACAAAAGGAAUUAAAGAAGAGAAGUUCGAUGUAGACAUCAAGUCUAACGAAGAGUAUACUCAAUCGUGUGGCCGAGACAUCGACUUGAAGGCGAUCGAAUCCGAAAUGAAGGGGCUUGAUCGCCCGAUCAAGAAAGAGGAAGAACUUGGCUUUGUUGGUAGCCCUGCUCAUUCGUACGUUGGGCCACGAUUGCAGCGCACUAAUAUUGAUAAGAAACAAAAUCAAAUUAAAUCUUUGGAAGCUUCGCCUAACACUAAAGCUUCCUUAGAAGCUCCGCUGUUCGUUAGUCCAGCUAAAAAGACAGAAGCCAUGAUUGACCAAACCCCAGAGAAAAUAAAACGCAGUCCCGGAGUAAAGAGCGAUUGUUUUGAAGAUGAUAUUUAUGAAUUUAAAGAACCCGAGCCGUUUGAAAUAGGAGAGAUGAGGACAAAGAAAGAAGGUCGUGGCUCCAGAGGAAGCCUGUCUUCGCCCCAAGAAGAGGCUGACACCGACGGGAAAAAACGUUCCAAAGUCAGAAGAAAUUCUGAAUCUGAAGUUGGAGACAGCGACGGCGAUUUUUCUACCCUCACUCCUAAGAAAUUAUGGGAACGAGACACGCGAAGGGAAACUCCUGUGAAACGUUUUGCGAAAACUCCUAUUAAGAAGGAUGAGUUAGAUUCCAGUACUUCCAAUCCAGGGGAAGUGACACCAAAUAAAAUAAUCAAAUCUGAGGCUCCUGAUAAUUCUUCGUCCUCUGAAGUCCAACAGUGUGGCGGCGCUUCAAUUGGCGAGCCAAUACCUAUUUUCGGCGCUCUUAGAAGUUUACCGGUGGAUCCUAUGUUAACAGCUGGCGUUCUCAACAAAACUCCAAUGCAGAAAAAAGACGGCUUUAUCCCAAAACCAUUGCACCACAUCAAUGCUACUGAUAUUAAGGUGGUUAAACUGGAUUCGAACGCUGCAGGGUCUCCACUUAGUAAACUUUCGCAAGGAGAAGUAGUAGGUAAAGUCACAAGUAUUGCAAGGCCUAAUUUUGACUUGAACCACGGCCGUGUUGUUAUUGGUAGCAUUAAUGCAGCAAACCGUCGUCCUGUAAGCGGAUCUCAUAUAAUGGCCCAAGUAUUACCUCCCAAACAGUCUCGGGCUCUUGCUAAAACUAUUCACGCUAAGGGGCUUCCUCCACCGACUAGUAACGACCUUUCUUCGUAUAAUAAUUCGUCAAAUGUUGCUUCUACUAACUCAUCUACAGUAACUGCUGGGAUGGAAAGUGGUAAUGUUUUCAAUUCUACAAUUCCAGGAGACACUUCCUCUACAAUGAAAAACGAUUGCAAAGAUGAUUCCAAAGCGUCGUUCUUGAAAAGACAACAUCAGAUCUUCCCGCAUCUGCUCAGCCGACCGGGCGGAUGCGACGAAAUUGGUAAAGAGGAAAUAAAACCUGUGUCGAUCGAGCCAGCAUUGGAAGAAAUAUCAAAUCCCGGCACUGCUUCUCGACAAGGUAUUGCCGAUACCCAUUUUGCUGACAUUAAAUCCGCUUCUAAUGUUCCUGUAUCUUCUCCGAUCACCAAUACAACUUCAUGUGAAUCAGCUAACUCUUGUGCGACGAGCAUAAAAGCUUCUGAAACAGCUGUUGUUGAGUCCUCGUCUCGUGUUGUCGACACGACCGUAAGCAUCCUCGCCACUCCGUCGUCCAUGCAGUUGUCUGUGGGAGAAAGCAUUGAAGCUGUUGUACAAAAAGCUAGGCAAGAGCAUAAUGAUUUAUCACCUGUGAAUUUGUUGAAUGAAAAAAAUCAUAUUGAAAGCCCUGCGGCUUCGGAAAAGAAGCGAAAAGUUUUCGGUCGUGGUAAGAAAAAGGACCCCAACGACGUGGGGGAUCCUCCCGACAGUCAAAUGAAAACUCCUUGUAAAAAGUUUAAGGCUGAAUCAAGCUUAAACUCGCUUCCCAAAAGCCCUAAGACAGAGUCUACUGGCAAAAAACCUGUUGGUAAAAGAAAAGCAGAAGAAAUCAUUUCCGAUGUUGAAGGAACACCUGACACUUGCGUAACUUCAUCACUGACAGAGGAGCCCAAUAUUAGAUCUACGAGGAAAAAUAUCCAAUUGUUUCCUUCCCCAGUUCGGCGAGAGGAUGGUGGCGAUAUUGCCUUAGAUUCUAAAAAAGAAUUGGAUGAAGGAAGUUCUCCAAACAUCGACGCCAGUGAUGACACUGAUUCAACUGAAAUCGAGACUGGUGAUGGAGAACUUUUAUGCGAUGAGACCAUCCCUCCUGGCAGUCCUGUUAAUCAAGACCAUCUCUUGAUGGAGUCGGAGUUGGCGAUGGCUGAGCCACAGCAAUAUACUGUGCCAGUUCAAGGAUCUACGUACACAAAGCGUCAUCAGCACCGACACCUUACAGAAUAUAUGUCGUCUGCUGCGCUGGUCGGGGCUCGCAAUAAUAAUCAUAGUUUCGUUCGGCAAGGCUGUUACCAACCUUCUUCUGGACAGCCUGCAUUUUCAAGCAACUCGGAACAUAUUUCUGUUGCUGCAAGAUGGCCUAUGGGACCUGAGCAAUCUUAUCAUAAUCAAAGAGUUAAUCAAAGAUUAGCUGACGAAUCGUUGUUGAUCUCGAGCCAGUCUAACUCCCUCCAUAACAAUUCUUACGUCCGCUCCAAAAAUUGCGUUCUAGACCAAAGCAAUGACUCUUCAAUAUUGAACACACACGCCGCAGACAAUGGAGGCAUUUCUGUGGCUGGAGGCUGCAGUGGACGUGCAGGGUUAAGUGUUGCUCCCAAGUACAAAGCGGGUAUCGGUGCCAGUGCUAACAACAUCAGGCGUCCUCUCCCUGAACCUCAAUCAAAAGAUUCAUGUCAAUUAUCCAGCUCAGAGUCUUGCAGAAAAUUGGCCUCUGACGUGCCUGUGAGCCUGCAACACUCUACUCUCCAGUCUCACAAUUCACUGCCAUCCACUCCUGAGUCUUUAUGUUCAACCAUUACUGAUUCUCCAAGAAGGGAUGAAGAGUUUUUGAAAGCAAUCAGCGACGACAGCAGCUCCAAGUCCGGCAACGCGACCCCCGAGGGUGACGGAGAGAGUCGUUCACCUCCAGCAGCCCAGUCUUACAACUUCGAGGACGACUCCAGCACGCAGGACAGCUUAGUGCCCUCUCCGGGACCUCGUCCAGGUGCUGCUGCUGCUGGUGGUGGUAGUAACACUCACAAUGGAAGUAGAGGGCGAAGAAAAAACAUCUCGAAGCGUAUUAGUGGCAAGUUAGGUGAUGGUGCCACUAAAUUUGGCACAAAUCCAGCCCCUGAUUCAGAUGACUCUAAGACAAAUGGUGGAAGUACUGGCUCCGUGUUAGAUACGGCAUCAGCGACGUCAAGAUCUCACCGAAACACCACCAAAAAUGAUACAGCUGCAGAUUCCUCAAGCACUAAUGACUCGAGUGGCUCAGCGUCAUCAGGAGUCACUGAUAACGUUGGGGCUUCCACUAGUGGCGGCCGCGCCCCUGCUUGUGGUUCAGGCGGCGGCGAGGAGGGUGGGGACGACAGCGGCAGUGGAGGCAGUGGACGGAGACCUGCACGCACCCCUCGGUCUGCUAUUGUAGACGAUGAUAACGAUGAUAGCAACCAGAGCCGACCGUCCACCAGCAGCGGCAAAAAGAGUGCCGCUGACGCCAAACUUAGCGGCCAAAAUGAAGGGGAACAUUCUUCUACUGUACCAAAAAAGAACAAGAAGAAAAAUGCUACCAGAUCACAUCCGUAUAGACAAUAUCGGAACGAGUUUGUGGGCGCUGUCUCGCCGCUGCCCCUGGAAGGCACGUUUGCUGGUCACCAAGCUCCACUCGGCCGCUUCAAUUUUCUACAGGAUAUUAGUGCCAUGAAUCAACAGCAGCGUAUCAGCGAAAUUCUGCGUCGUAUUAUUGACAUAAGAAAAGUUUAUGCUGAAUGCAAGUCCAGCGUUGCUUCCAUGGAGAAGAAGAAGAAAAAAAUUAGAAAGAAAGAUCGUGAAAGCAAGGCAGAAGAUGGAAGCUAAUCUUCACAAAAAAUGACAACUCAGUAUUAACUUCGAGACUUAUUUUCUCUUGCUUUUGGUUCUUGACAGACAAUAGUAGAAGGCAAUAUCGCUUCUCUAUCAAUUAUGCAACGUGACUCGCGUGACUCUUCGUGCGGUUUUGAACUGAUUAAGGCGAUGCACUGAUAUCUUCCAUGAACUCGUGGUGAUGCCGCGGGCUGAUUCUCUCCUCAUUUAGGAUCAAGUCUUCAGCACAUUUUUUUUAAUCAACCAGACUGCCAGAUAAUCUUGUAGCGUCGGUCUCUGAUGAGCCACCGUGCCUUCUUUCAGAGUGCAAUAUGCAAAUUCUAAUAGGCGAUCUCGAUGCCUGAACUCGUCUUCCGUGUUGCGGACGACGUUCUUUUUCUAAAUAGUCAUUCUUUCAAUUCAUAGUGCUAAGCAACUGAUCCUAGACGUAUCUCCUGCCGUCUCUGCCUAACAAAAUGUUAAAAAACUCGAAAACUCGAUCAGGCUAGUUUUUCACGUAAGUUAUUUCUCUCUGAGAGCUGUAUUUUAUCUCCUAUGCCAUAAGUGCAAAAUCUAGUGCGUACGUUAAGAAUUACAGAAGUAUGGCUAUUUGGCUGCGUAUGAGAUAAAGCUUAGCCCGAGUCUUAAAGUACAAAUGAUGUGACCUUUAGUGGGUUCAUAUUUUAUUUUUUGUGAGAGUGUGGUAGAAUGAAUGAUACUUUCAGCAGUGAGCUGCCACUGAGGCCUCAACAAAAUGCCAAUAGACCGUCACUGCACAAUGUAGCUAUGGAUUUGUUGGGCCCAGAUUUUAUUUGAGACAGUGCCUCAUUUAAUGACAUUGAUUUUAUUUCUGCAUCAUCGCCAUGUGCCCCGAAUUUUUCUUAGCUGUUUAGUCGAGAGUUUAAAAGGGAAAUCGUGCUGUUUGUGCUGUCAAAUGAAUCCUAGAUUUGUUGAAAGUCUUUCAUUCAAUUUCGCAUUCCGCAUAUUAUAUGUGAAUUGCCGGCCUGCAUGUCUCAAACUGGGAUCACUCGUUGAAUUAAAUAUAUGAAUUCUUCUCGUAGUUAAGAUUACUCUAAUUAAGUUCACUUAAUGUGUUGCUGCUUAUACCGCUUUGAAAGUAUAUACGAGGGCACGCAAAUAAUGUCCCGAAAAUUGAAAUGGAUUGCAUACUUCGUUAUCUAUUCACUGAGACUUGGUAACUCAAGCCAGCUUAGAAAUUAUGCAUCUAUCUCCUGCAGAAGACCGAUGUUCGAGCCAGUUUAUGAUCAGAUGGUGUAUGAAUUCCACACAGUCACUUCAAUUAAUGGCUUCUGAAUUAUUGGGUGUAGUGCCGACUAUUUCGUAUAAUUAUGGGGGCUCUAUAAUGUGUAACUUGCAUAUGCGUAUUUGUACCUACUCUACGUAUUAUUUUGCUCUCCUCUGCGUAAGCUUGUUUUAUAAACGUGUUUUUUCGCCGAAAUGUUUUGUUAAGUUUGAUACAUUCGUGUUGCAGUAGAUAUUUCUAAGUACUUACUCUUUGUGAGAGCAACGUUUAUUUUUAUUUUUUUGACGCGAGCGCUAAGGCGAAAUGCUGAAGCUCGAAAUGUUCAACCUGGUUUUGAUGCUCGUACCUUUGGAAGACAAAUAAGCAAUGUUGGAUUAUCAAUCUCAUUUUAUAAGCUCCUCGUAGUGUGCCGAGCGUUGGUUCUCUUUGCUAUUAAUUUGGUAUAUGUGAGUAUGUAUAUAUUGAUACUUUUGCCGCGCCUACAUUGUUGUGUAAAUAUGAAGAUAGUUGUCGGAAUCAUUUGCAUGUAAGAUUAUUUCUUCUUGUAACUUCAUUUUAUUUUGGAUGCGCUCGCCGAGUAGAGGGAAUUUCUCUUUUAUUUGAUAAUUGAGCCGAAAUUGAAUCUCAAAUGAGUUUUCCAAUUAUUGCAAUUAUGAUUCCAAUGUAAUUGGCCUGUGCACGUUUAAUCGGGCAAUUUAAUUUACGGCAGAUUUUAACGGACUAUUCUUGUAAUAAGCGUAAGAAGGAAGCUAGUUCUGUUCUCGAAAUCCUAAUUAUUGAUGAAUUACGUUAAUAUUUUGAUUGCCAGCUUGAAACUACUUUCCAUUUGAUGGCUUUUCUAUCUGAAUGAAUGUAGCCCAAGAACUGCAAAUCCUCGAUUUUUCAUGCUGCUGUUAACUCUCGUUUUCUCAGAUAAUUUCACGAUUUCAAUUGCCGAUGUAUUGCACAAUCUUGUUAACCCUGAGUAUUCAGUUACUGAAAAGCAUCUUGUGUCUAAAAUUUACUUGGGAAAUUUUUCCAUCUCCAACUUUGGCUUGCACAACACUGCUUUCUGCAGACUCUACAAUAUGGUCAUCUAGCCAAUACUUGCGUUUCUCUUGGUCACUUGAUAACUUAUUUGAACGUCAAAAAAUGCGCUCCUUCGUGCGAAAUAAUGUUCAGUUUCUUGAAGUGUCAACAGGAGUCUGCCAGCAAGUAAAAUGUGCAGUAUUAAGAAACUUCAGAAGGGGAAAUUUUUUGUAAGUUGUUCAUAUAUAGUAUGUGAGCGUGAAGGUGAUUGAGUAAGGACGCCAAACGAGUGCCUUUCUCAUCAAAUUCCUAAAUCAGAUUAAGCAAGUAAUAUCAAGGGACCUCAGAGCGUGAAUAGGUAAGAAGAUGGAACCAUGUUUGUCCGGUUGUAAAAUUCUGAGCACAAAUCAUUACCGUUUGUUUCUGCAUGUAAAAGGGAAAACGCGUAUUUUUGUAACUGCGUACUUGAACAGUGGAAUUAUUAUGCAGUGUUUUCUCCCUUGCUAUACUAAUACACAAUGAAAUCACGAAAGUAUUUCCAUUAUUUAUUUCAAAGUAAUUGAUGUUAACGGGGACUUCUGCUUACCUUUAUCGAGCUAUAAUUGAAUACACGAUUGCAUGAAUAAUAGAGUACGGAUAUCUACUUGGCGAUACAAACUUGAAUCUCGAGAAAGGAAUCUUGAUUCGAGGAAUGGUUUCCAUUACAUGUAACUCGUGUAAAGGCCCGACUAAUGUGAACCAUGUAUGUAAAUAUGUACAGCAAUUAGACGAACUCGAUGUCUGUUUUUACAUGUCAACUGAAUGUUUAAAUAAAAUUGAUUAAUAAAUUG